GUGGGAAUCGCGGCGAUGGCGGCAGCUGGCAUGGGGCAGCAGUGGGUGUUAGUGGAGAUGGUGCAGGCCUUCUACGAGGCUCCUACUUACCAUCUCAUUUUAGAAGGAAUUCUGAUUCUAUGGAUAAUCAGACUUCUUUUCUCCAAGACAUACAAGCUUCAAGAGCGAUCUGAUUUAACACCUAAGGAAAAAGAAGAGUUGAUUGAAGAAUGGCAGCCAGAGCCUCUUGUACCUCCUGUGCCAAAAGAUCACCCAGCUCUCAACUACAACAUUGUUUCAGGUCCUCCCACCCAUAUAAUCACUGUUAAUGGCAAGGAAUGUAUAAACUUUGCAUCAUUCAACUUUCUUGGACUUUUGGAUAAUGAAAAGGUUAAGACUGCAGCCCAGGCAUCUCUGAAGAAAUACGGUGUUGGCACUUGUGGACCUAGAGGAUUCUAUGGUACUUUUGAUGUGCACUUGGAAUUAGAAGAACGACUAGCAAAAUUCAUGAGGACAGAGGAAGCUAUUAUAUACUCUUAUGGAUUUGCAACAAUUGCUAGUGCUAUUCCUGCAUAUUCAAAAAGAGGGGACAUUGUGUUUGUAGAUGAAGCUGCUUGCUUUGCUAUUCAGAAGGGAUUACAAGCAUCUCGUAGUAACAUCAAGUUAUUUAAGCAUAAUGAUAUGGCUGACCUUGAGCGACUGUUGAAAGAACAAGAGACUGAAGAUCAAAAGAAUCCUCGUAAGGCCCGUGUAACUCGAAGGUUUAUUGUAGUGGAAGGAUUGUAUAUGAACACAGGAGAUAUUUGCCCUCUUCCAGAAUUGGUAAAAUUGAAGUAUAAAUACAAAGUUAGAAUAUUUUUGGAGGAAAGCCUUUCGUUUGGAGUCCUUGGAGAACAUGGAAGAGGAAUUACUGAACACUUUGGAAUAAAUAUCGAUGAUAUAGAUCUUAUUAGUGCAAACAUGGAAAAUUCACUGGCUUCUAUUGGAGGAUUUUGCUGCGGACGAUCUUUUAUUAUUGACCAUCAGCGAUUGUCUGGUCAAGGCUACUGCUUCUCUGCAUCCCUACCUCCUUUGUUAGCUGCAGCUGCUAUUGAGGCUCUGAACAUUAUGGAAGAUAAUCCAGAUAUUUUUCAGACUCUCCGGACUAAAUGUGAACGAAUUCACAAAGCUUUACAAGGGAUUUCUGGCUUAAAAGUAGUGGGAGAAACUUUUUCCCCAGCAUUGCACUUACAGUUGGAAGAAAGCCAUGGAUCUCGGGAAAAUGAUGUCAAGUUACUCAAAAGAGUCGUGGAUUAUUGCAUGAAUAGUGGUAUUGCAUUAACUCAGGCCUGCUAUCUGGAGAAAGAAGAAAAAUGUCUUCCUCCACCUAGUAUUCGAGUAGUGGUAACAGUGGAACAAACAGACCAAGAACUGGACAAAGCUGCAUCACUUAUUAAGGAAGCUGCACAGUCUGUAUUGAAUUAGACUGCUGGAUUGGAUUCCUCUUUCCCCAGUUUACCAGGUUGUAGUUUACACUGUGUAGGGACUUCCAGGUUUUUCCACUGAUGGCCUUGAAAUCUGUCUGAGUAACAUGAUUGUUCCAGAACAGUACAAAUGCAGUGAGGGGAAGAAUGCUGAAUUUUUGAACCUGUGAAUGACACAGUGUACUUGCAAUUCGCUCUACCACUUACCAGCGUUUUUUCAAACGGAAUAUCACUGUUGCAUACAUGACUCUUUCAUAAGUUGCAUCUAAGAAGUUUUCAGUUAAUUUCUUCAAACGCUUAAGUUUGAAGAUUCAAAAAUGUGUAUAAAUGUUGUUUUCUUCCAAAACAUCUAAAAUAUAUCUCCACAUAUCCUUAGAAUUUAGGAACUUCAAACAAGUUUCAAGGAAAUCCCCACACACACCCCCUAAAGAUAGGCUGUUCCUAAUACUGUCAAAAGGGAGUAUGUAACACUUUAAGAGAUGAUUUUAUGCUAUGUUAUGUCAUUCAUGAUUAACUAUAGAAGGAACUUAAAUUCCAUUUUUGUUUAUAUCUUUCUCUAACCAUUUUUGUAAACCAGGUUUUAAGAAUGCCUGGCCAGAGAAUUCCAUUGUCUAAAUGGUAAAUCCAUAUUAAAUACUACUUUCUUUGUGCAUUUCAUAUGUAAUCAUAUGCAUGUUUGAUAUUAUGGGUGAGGUUUUUCAUAUGAUUAACUUUAAAACAUGUAACCUGAAAACUCUGAAUUUUGAAAUUCAUGUAAUUCCAUUAUAGUAUGUUCAGUCAGGCGGACUUUGUGCUGUUCUUGAAGAGGAGUCAUAAGCAGCAUGAGGAAUGAAUGAAGAUUUUGAAACAGCAACUCUGUACUAGUUUAGUCAAACUACUUUGAAGCACUAUAAUGGUGUGUGCCACAUUUUGUUUCUGAGCAGCUAUACCUUAGAGGGAAAGAUAGAUAGCCAAUAAGAAUUUAGAUUGUAGAAAGAUUACUGAAACACAGCUCAAUGCAUGCACUUAAAACCCCUACAUAAUUGGAUAGUCAUAUAUGGAGAUUAUGCUGUCCAGAUUUUCAGGAAGCACAGAUGGACAUUACAGAGAUGAACACAUUACACCUAUCAGAGGAAGCUGGUAAGGAAGAAUUACAGUAAGCUGUACCGUCUUAUAAAAUAAAAAUGAUAGCUAUGUAGUUCAGAAUUUUGCUUUAAGAAUGCCUGAUCUGUCUUCUGGGUUGUUUUGUACUUACAUGCCUUUUGGGUUGCUGCUACAGGACUGUUUUUGAGAAACAUCUUUGUUUAAAUAAAAAGUUAAUCAUG